CACCCUGGUGGAGACAUGGGACCAGGAGUCACGGGUGGGGGACGGCUCUAUCACAGCGACGCACCACAACAAACCCGCUGAAUCCAGCAGUCUACUUCUACUGAGGGACCAUGAAGUUAUUCACUGUGAAUAACUUCUUUCUUCUGUUUGUUUCAACAUCUGUAACGGAAUAUCAUCGAAUUUUAAUGACCACUCACGUUAUUCCCGGGACUCUUGAUGCCUAGGGCAGCGGGCCACACCUUCGUUUAGCGCAACAGCUCCACCACCCAGCUGGCCAGAUGGGGUGCCGAUGCUGCAGAAUGAUAAAGAGCUACAUCUAUGACCCCUCUGCCGUGGGGGAGCCGGGGAAGAGCGAGCUGUCGGGGUCCGGCGGCCGGGGGUCCCUCUACCAGCCCCGGGGCCCGCCGGGCGGGGCCGCGGGGGACCGUGGCGGGGACCGGCAGAAGGAGGGCGUCAGCAACCUGGCCUACAGCAAGUCCAACGAGGGCACCCUGAAGCUGGAGGCCGACAACAACCACGUCAACCGGCUGCCCGAGCACCAGCCGCCCCCGCGGGUUCCCGGCGGGGGCGCCCUGUACAUCAUCCAGCCGCAGGCCCCGGGGCCGCGCUGGACCACCGAGGAGGCCCCCCGGCCCAGCCAGGUGCCGGUGUACCCGGAGCCCCCUGGCGGCGGGCGGCGGAGCGAGCCGGGGGGCUGGGACACGGCGGACGAGGACGAGGGAGUGGGGGGGACCCCUGAGUACCGGGGGGACGGCGAGGGCAGCGCGCUGUCGGUGGAGACCCUCACCAGCACCGCCAGCGGGUCCUCGGCCGGCGACGCCCCCCCCCGCUGGCCCAAGGCCGCCGACGCCUCCACGGCCGAGAGCGGCAUCUCCAUGACCAAGAGCGAGGACGAGGAGGGGGAGGGGGAGGGGCGGCGGCGCCAGGAGGAGAGCGAGGACGUCCGGAGCGUCACGGACUCCAUGGUGGCCGAGGCGCUGGCCGCGCUGGAGGCGGCCACCGCCGGGGAGGAGUUUGAGUGAAGGGGGCGUGGCCUAGCGCUGGAGGCGGCCACCGUCGGGGAGGAGUUUGAGUGAAGGGGGCGUGGCCUAGCGUUCCCGAACAUUGGAAGGACGUGGAACCCCUCGGUGGAACAGAACCCAGGCCGUGUGGCGGGGCAAAUAUAAAUAUUAACACACAUAUAUAGAUCUUAUAUAUAUAUACACACACACGCACACACACAUAUGUAUAUAUACGUAUGUUUACACAACAUCAAAGACUCAAAUCUGCCAGAAGAAAAGACUGUUUAUUUUCUUUAACAAAAGAGCAGAAUCAUGAAGGAAGUACAUGAAGGAUAUUUAUCUGUUCUUGUUCCAGGGCAGUUUCACUGACAGCCACAGAAGAAAGGAGCGUUUGUAGACUGUGAGUAACGCCUGUGGCAGCCGUGCCCUGUUUGAAGUCAGCGUAUCGCAGCCCUCCAUGGACCGGAGACUGAAGCACGUCCUUCUGCCAUAUCAGUACUGCCUGCGUACAAACAGGCCAUGGAGAGCUGCUUCAUUUUCCGUUUUACAAUCUAUACAUCUAUGGAUUUAGUGUGCUAAAUGAACUUAAAGUCAAUGUGCGGCCAGCAUGUGAAAGGACAGAGGCCUUCUGAGAUGCAGCACGCAGCCUUAAUGAUGCGUGUUGUGUUUUGUAACUUUUCUAUAUCUUUUGUACAUUGUUUGCCCCUGGCACCAUGUUCUAGAUGAUGUCUUGGCUCCAGGCACGAUGCCGUUGUACUGUACGUUAGGACCACGCAGGCCUCACCCAACCCUGACACUACAUACAUGCUCAGCCUGUUCACCUCUUCACCACAGUCAGUCCAUCCGUCAGGUGACUCAGCAAUUCAUCAAUUAAUCAGUGUGUGAAAUGUCAUCACCAUUGGCCAGAAUGCCCCAUAACUAGUUACCAGACCCCAAAGACUUGGAUUACCACUGUGAAUGUCUGACUACAUGUCUGAUGACAUCAUCCAUUAAUUACCUAAACAAAGAAUAUUAGAAUUUCUGAAGCUACCGCCAGUUAACAUUCGGGAUAUUUGUACUUAAUCAAAGACUGUAGUGUAUAUUUUAUUAAUAAAUCGAUUAUCACAAUUAUUUUCUUAUAUUAAUUGCCUUACCAAUCAAUGAAUGGAUGAGCCGGCCAAUCGGCAUGGUGAUAUUGGACUGAAACAAAGAGUCCACGAUAAUGACGACCUACGCAGACAGGAAGGUCACCGAUCAAAGGUCAGUUGAACUUGUUGACUUCUUUCCCCUUCUCUCUCGCAUUUCCCAGCCAGAUAUGACUGCAGCUACUGCAAAUGUGGAAAGCUAGUGAGUUAGGGGCCAUUUGUUUCCUCAGCUUAGCGUUGGGCUGUUCACAAUAUAGCCAUACUCAUUAGUGGGUUUUCCCCUCGUGUUAGGCCUCUGUGAUGAAGACCUAAUACCGUGGGAUGAGGGAUUUUUACACAGAGAAUAUUUUUCUAUGAAGGACCAUGUAUGUAGAGAUCCCAGCUCCCUCGGCCAGGGCCUGUUGAGAGCCCAUCAUGGUGUUGGGUGGGGUGGGGGGCAGACGGUUUGAGCACCACGCGUUGGCCUGAAGCCGACCAGACCAGUCAGUCAGUGAGGUCGGUGUGAGGCCAUCAGUCGGACCACAUUGGUGGCUUCCUUGUUCCCGUAGCGCUCGUAGUCAUGGUCACGUAUUGGGCCUUUAGGUUAAGUCCCUUCCUUUGAAAGCGGUUCAGUCGUAUCCUGUUCCUGUUCUUCAGAGAAUAUUAAAAAAAA